GCCCCGGAAGCUUGGGCCCGGCCUGGCGCAGCAGAGCGACUCGAGCGAGCGGCCUGACCCGGCCCCAGCGUCGCCGCCGCCGCCGCCGCCAUGGGGAAAUCCUUCGCCAACUUCAUGUGCAAGAAAGACUUUCACCCCGCCUCCAAAUCCAACAUCAAAAAGGUAUGGAUGGCAGAACAGAAAAUAUCAUAUGAUAAGAAGAAACAAGAAGAACUAAUGCAACAAUACCUUAAAGAACAGGAAUCUUAUGAUAAUAGAUUGCUUAUGGGUGAUGAGCGUGUGAAGAAUGGUCUUAAUUUUAUGUACGAGGCCCCACCAGGAGCAAAGAAAGAAGAAACCAAAGAGCAAGAGGGAGAAACUGAGUACAAAUUUGAAUGGCAGAAAGUAGCCCCACGAGAAAAAUAUGCUAAGGAUGACAUGAACAUCAGAGAUCAGCCAUUUGGUAUCCAGGUGCGGAAUGUGAGGUGUAUUAAAUGCCACAAGUGGGGUCAUGUAAACACUGACCGAGAAUGUCCUUUGUUUGGUCUUUCUGGAAUUAAUGCAAGUUCAGUUUCCAGUGAUGGAUCAGGGCCAUCAAUGCACCCCUCAGAGCUAAUAGCGGAGAUGAGAAACAGUGGGUUUGCACUGAAACAAAAUGUACUGGGGAGAAACUUGACCGCAAAUGAUCCAUCACAGGAAUUUGUUGCAAGUGAAGGAGAAGAUGACCCAGAAGUUGAAUUUUUAAAAUCACUGUCAACUAAACAAAAACAGAAACUUCUGAGGAAAUUGGAUCGUCUGGAGAAGAAAAAGAAGAAAGAUAGAAAGAAGAAAAAGCAGCAAAAGAAGAAAAGCAAACGUAAACACAAGAAACAUAAGAUCAGCUCCUCUUCUUCCUCCUCCAGUGAGACUUCAGUUAGCAGCAGUGAUAGUGAGACUGACAGCAAAGCCAUACAAAAGAAGAUGUAUUCUAAGAAAAGAAAGAAAGACAAGUUUUCAGAGGCUAACAGCAGUGAUUCAGAAGGGAAGGCAAAGACUAAGAAGGAAAAACUUUAUGAAGAACCCUCCAGUAGUCACGGUAACAAGGACAAAGACAGAGAGAAGUGUAGACUUUUAAAACAAGAUAGUUCUGGGGAGAACAACAAAUGGAGCUCCUAUGAGAGUGAAAGAAAGUCCAAAAGCAGAAACCAGAGCACAGACAAGAGAGAAACUGAAAGAAAUGAGAGGGAUAGCAGAAGCCAAAGCAAGGAUGAGAGAAGGGGGAGAAGCUCUUGCACAAGUCACAGCAAUUACAGGCAAAGGCAGAUAAGAAGAAGACCAAGUCGAAGCCCCAGUGAAGAGUGGCACAGGAAAAAUGAAACCAGAAGCCACGGCACAGAUGUGUACAGAGAGAAGAAAUGUAGAGAGAGCUGUGGAGACAAGUGCAGUAAAGUGGACCAUAAGGAAAAAGGCAGAAACAGCAGAAGUAGAAGCAGAGAGAGAGACAGAAAAUAUAGAUAGUAUGGGUAACAAGUGCAAACACAUCUUCCUUUUCAUUGAAUAUCUUUAACCAGGGCUUAGUCAUGCAUUGCUUUCCUUCCAAGAAGUCACUUUUCAUUUUCCAAUUCUUGUAAAUUCUCGUGUCCUUCAAAACAGCAUCAACUCCAUUCAUGAUUUGGGGAUAUUUGUAAGUUAGAUAUAAAUAUUAUGGUAUUUUUGUAGAAAUAUUUUUGUUGGUGAAUGUUUCUUGUAUUUGUGUAACAAGCCCUAGACUGUUUGUAAAUUAUACUUCCUUUGUUCAGAAAUAUUUUUAAAAUACCAGUACAUGAUGUGUUAACAUUCUUUAGAGUAUUAUUUCUUCUUGCUUAUGAGAUGUAACAAUUUUGGAGGGGCAGGGGGUAAUUUUGGAAGAGUCCCAGGAUUUGUAUAAUGAUGCCAAACAUUAUUUGACAUAGUUCAGGAAAAAAAUCACUGCUUCAGACCUCAGAUUAGAUUAUUUUUGUACUGAAACUUUUUCAGAGGUUUCAUAUAAGAGGGCAAUUUCACCUGUUAAAACAACACAGACAUAGUUCCACAUAAGUGUAUAGCCAACAUUUUUUGACCUCCUGCAGUGUCUAACUUAAUCAGGGCUAUCUAAGCAUCUUGAACCCCUAUUGGUAUGUGCCAGUACAGUGUUGUUGUUGUUCAAGAAUUUCUCAAGACAUGAAAAGGAUAUUCACCCUUUCAGCUGUUUCCAAGAUAUCUCCUGUGCAAUAGAAUGUUAAGGCAAAUGCUCAUUCUUGUGUUGUCAUGCAGCAGUUUGACUUUUAUUUUUUCUUAAUAUUUGUGGGAUUCCCCCCCCAUAUGCCAUGAGGAUGAACUACCUUAAUAAACUGUUACUUUCUAUAAGCAGUAUGAAU